UCACUCUAUAAAUCUCCAUCCACCAUUCCAACACAUAUCACAUGCAUUCACUCGAGUUUUGAUACAUUCGCACUUCAGUUUCUCUGCUUUCAUUUCAUUCUACUUAUUUUCCUCACUAUUUGUCUUUGCAGUUCUUAUUCAAUCACCUAUCAUAUCACUCAUUUAUCUCUCUUCUCGAGCCGUGUUAUAUCAGAGCCUAUAAAUCUCCAUCACUCCAAGUCCAACACACACAUCACAUUCACAAAUUAACAAAAACAUAAAAAUGUCACCCCCAACACUUUCCUUUUCUCUCUUCUUCCUCUUCCUCUUCCUAUUUGCACCAUCACUCCUAGCUCAAUCUCCAUCUUCUAAUUCUUCUUCUCCUUCUUCUGCCUCUGCCUGCAAAUCCACAUUGUAUCCAAAACUAUGCCGAUCAAUCCUCUCAGCAAUCCGUUCCUCACCCUCUGAUCCAUACAAUUUCGGCAAAUUCUCCAUCAAACAAAGCCUCAAACAAGCCAGAAAACUAUCCAAAGUCUUCGAUGACUUCCUCAAACGCCACCAAUCUUCUUCUUCUUCAUCUCUCAACCGCGCAGAGAUCGCUGCACUUGGCGACUGCAGUGACCUGAACCAUCUCAACGUGGACUACUUGAGCUCCGUCUCCGAGGAGCUCAAAUCAUCAACAGCUAAUGCAACAGACUUAGAGCUUGUUGAGAAGAUUGAGAGCUAUUUAAGCGCGGUGUCGACGAACCAGUACACUUGCUAUGAUGGUUUGGUGGUGACCAAGAGCGGCAUUGCCAAUGCUCUUGCUGUUCCAUUGAAGGAUGUGACGCAGUUGUAUAGUAUUUCACUUGGGUUGGUCACUCAGGCACUUGAUAAAAAUCUGAAGAGGAGCAAGACCAGGAAACAUGGGCUUCCUACUAAGGUGUUUAAGGUCAGGCAGCCACUUGAGAAGCUUAUCAAGCUUCUUCGCACAAAGUACAGUUGCAAGAAAUCAUUCAAUUGCACUAGAACUGAAAGGAUUCUGAAAGAAAGUGAAAACCAAGGAGUUCUAUUAAACGACUUUGUGAUUGUGAGUCCCUAUAAUGGGACAGACAACUACACUUCUAUUGGAGAUGCUAUUGCUGCUGCACCAAAUCACACUAAGCCACAAGAUGGAUAUUUCCUUAUCUAUGUCAGAGAAGGAUACUAUGAGGAAUAUGUAAUUGUUCCCAAAGAAAAGAAGAAUAUUCUGCUAGUUGGAGAUGGUAUUAACAAGACUAUAAUCACAGGGAACCAUAGUGUCAUAGAUGGAUGGACAACUUUCAAUUCUUCCACCUUUGCUGUUUCUGGAGAAAGAUUUACAGCAGUGGAUGUAACAUUCAGAAACACAGCAGGUCCUGCAAAACACCAAGCAGUAGCAGUGAGGAACAACGCCGACCUGUCCACUUUCUACCGUUGCAGCUUCGAAGGGUAUCAAGACACACUCUAUGUCCACUCUCUGAGGCAAUUCUACAGAGAAUGUGAUAUCUAUGGCACUGUGGACUUCAUUUUUGGCAAUGCUGCAGUGGUCUUCCAGAACUGCAACAUCUACGCCAGAAAACCGCUGCCAUUCCAGAAGAAUGCUGUCACAGCACAAGGCAGAACCGAUCCGAAUCAGAACACUGGAAUUUCAAUCCAAAACUGCACAAUUGAUGCUGCACCAGACUUGGCUGCAGAGUUGAAUUCCACCUUGAGUUACUUAGGAAGGCCAUGGAAGGUUUAUUCAAGGACUGUUUAUCUUCAGUCAUAUAUUGGAGAUCUAAUUCAUCCUUCUGGGUGGUUAGAGUGGAAUGGCACAGUUGGGUUGGACACCCUCUUUUAUGGAGAGUUCAACAACUAUGGACCUGGUUCAAAGACUAGCAAUAGGGUACAAUGGCCAGGUUACUCUCUGUUGAAUGCUACUCAAGCUUGGAACUUCACAGUGCUUAAUUUUACUUUGGGAAAUACAUGGCUUCCUGAUACAGAUAUACCCUAUGCUGAAGGAUUACAAAAUUAGAUAGCUGAAACUGUAUACUUUUAAGAUUUUGAUUCAGUACUUGUUAGAUGUGAUGUUACUGAAUGGUUUUAGUCUUAGAGGAAGGAGCAUCCAUAAAUGGCAAGAAUCAUGGAUGUUCUGAUGAAAACUCAAGUCUUAAUAAAAUCAUGGACAAGUUUGCAGAAAUAAUCUGAAGUUGGAUUCUCUGCCCUGCAGUCUCUGCAGCAGCAAAA